GCGCCGCCCGGCUCGUUGGCGGCCGCGGCGCGGCGCGCCCCAUGCCCGUGUGUGGCCAUGUCCUACCCGCAGGGCUACUUGUACCAGCCGUCCGCCUCGCUGGCGCUCUACUCCUGCCCGGCGUACAGCACCAGCGUCAUCUCGGGGCCCCGCACGGAUGAGCUCGGCCGCUCGUCGUCGGGCUCCGCGUUCUCGCCCUAUGCCGGCUCCACCGCCUUCACGGCGCCCUCGCCGGGCUACAACUCGCACCUCCAGUACGGCGCCGACCCCGCGGCGGCCGCCGCCGCCGCCUUCUCUUCGUACGUGGGCUCUCCCUACGACCAUACACCGGGCAUGGCAGGCUCCUUGGGGUACCACCCAUACGCGGCCCCCCUGGGCUCAUACCCGUACGGGGACCCCGCGUACCGGAAGAAUGCCACUCGAGACGCCACCGCUACGCUCAAGGCCUGGCUCAACGAGCACCGCAAGAACCCCUACCCCACCAAGGGCGAGAAGAUCAUGCUGGCCAUCAUCACCAAGAUGACCCUCACCCAGGUGUCCACCUGGUUCGCCAACGCACGCCGGCGCCUCAAGAAGGAGAACAAGAUGACGUGGACGCCGCGGAACCGCAGCGAGGACGAGGAAGAGGAGGAGAACAUUGAUCUGGAGAAGAACGACGAGGAUGAGCCCCAGAAGCCUGAGGACAAGGGCGACCCCGAGGGUGCCGACGCAGGAGGAGCGGAGCAGAAGGCGGCUUCGGGCUGCGAACGGCUGCAGGGGCCGCCCACCCCCGCCGGCAAGGAGACCGAGGGCAGCCUCAGCGACUCGGAGUUUAAGGAGCCGCCAUCCGAGGGCCGCCUCGACGCGCCCGCGGGCGAGCUGCCCCCCGGUCCCGGCGGGCCCUCGGUCAUACACUCGCCGCCGCCGCCGCCGCCGCAGGCGGUGCUUGCCAAGCCCAAACUGUGGUCUCUGGCAGAGAUCGCCACAUCCUCGGACAAGGUCAAGGACGGGGGCGGCGGGAGCGAGGGCUCGCCGUGCCCGCCGUGCCCGGGGUCCGUAGCCGGGCAAGCCCUAGGAGGCAGCCGCUCGUCGCCCGCCCCGGCGCCACCGCGCUCGCCCUCGGCGCAGUGUCCCUUUCCAGGCGGGACCGUGCUGUCCCGGCCUCUCUACUACACGGCGCCCUUCUAUCCCGGCUACACGAACUAUGGCUCCUUCGGACACCUUCACGGCCACCCGGGGCCUGGGCCAGGCCCCACAGCCGGUCCGGGCUCUCAUUUCAAUGGAUUAAACCAGACCGUGUUGAACCGAGCGGACGCUUUGGCUAAAGACCCGAAAAUGUUGCGGAGCCAGUCCCAGCUAGACCUGUGCAAAGACUCUCCCUAUGAAUUGAAGAAAGGUAUGUCCGACAUUUAACGCGGGCUGCGUCGGUCCAGGACUUUCCUAAUUUAUUAAAAAACAUGGCCUUGGCAGUUAUUUUUCCAUCACCAAGAGAGAAAAACAAAACUACCCCUCCUAUUAAAAAGUUUAUAGUUCAUGGAGAUGAAUGACAUAAAAAUGUAAACAUCUCCACACACACAAAAAUGUCUUAACGGACCGAAAAGAAAAAUUA